UGAACAGAUUCGUCUGUAACAGAUCUGGCUUGUAUAAACCCCACAGUCCCACAGAUUCAACUGGAAAUCAGGGGCCCAGAAUAACUGCGGGAAUAAGGGGACUUGUGUAUAUAUACUUAAAGCAGAGACAUCAACAAGGAUUCUGUCAGUGAUCAGGACAGAGCUUCUUGGACGAGCCACGGCUAAUAUCGCUGGGUGUUGAGGAUUAGAUUCUCUCUCUAUCUUGUCUCUAAACGGCCUGCAGGGUGGCGAGAGAGAGGGGGGAACCCAACCGGUGCAUGCCGGAGAUGAGUGCGUUCUGGCAUAAGAUCGGCUGCUGCGUGGUAGCCAAACCUCCUCCGAAGAAGAAACGGAGGAGAAUUGACCGCAGCAUGAUCGGAGAGCCCACAAACUUCGUUCAUCUGACACACAUAGGCUCUGGUGAAAUGGCAGACGGCAUGCAACCGUCUGGCCCAAUGCAGGAACAAAUGAGAUCCAAAGUGCCUCAUGCUAAUGGACGAAACAGCUUGUUGUUAUAGCCUCUUCACCAACUUUUUCAUUUUUUUCCUCAAAGCUCCGUAAAGUGUCCUAAGCAGAACCUGUCCGGCUAGCAGCACUGUACCAAUGAGGAGGAGAUAAAGAGCAGAUCCCGAUCACAAAAACAACAACCUCCGUGCUGCAGCUACCAACAUGGACGCCACCUCUGCAGGUUUUAUAUCUUUUGGAUCCUCUGGAAUGUCUCAGAGGAGACUUGACCCCACCCCCCCACUCUAAGACUGUUAUUACAUUUAGACCGGAUUGUGUAAGAACGCCUGACAAAGUGUGUGAAUGUGUGACGUGUGCGUUUGAGACACUGCCUGUGCUUGCUGUGGAAGAGGACAGGCUCUUAUCGCUUUAACACAGGGGACUAUUUGACUGCCUUCCCAAAGUUAUAACUGGCAUGUUUGUCAUAGUCGUUGAUAAGGAUGUGCACAAGUGUGUGUUUGCUUUUGUUUUGUAAUGGAAAUAUAUGUGCACCUAUACCAUUAUAGUGUCUCCAACUGCUUGUCAUUAACAAUUGCACAGAUUAGUGUAUUAUACAAAGCUGUCUGAUAUGUGUAUAGUAGAAAGAUGUAGUAUGAAAAUAUUUCUUUUUUUUUUUAUGUCCGCUUGUUUGAUAUUGCAUGAACAAAUAAUGCCUAAUGGCCUUAAUAACUCUAAAGGAAUAGUUUUAAAAAUUACUAAAAUAAAAAUACUCAUUCACCAAGUCAUUUCAAACACACACACUCUUA